CGGUGUUUGUGUUCAAGAAUUUGUUUAAAAUCUGCAAUAAUUUCAAUAAUUCGUGUUUUAAAAGUGCUCGAGGCUGUUUUUAAGAAAACUCAAUUGGGGCGGUACUCAUAUCAACAAGCCCCAAAGUGGGAUUUUCGACAAAUUAAUCGACGAUUGGUGACACUUGCUGCCAACCCCACCACUCAAAAACACUAAAAACUUGCGAUUUUUUGGACAAUUUCACAUAUUUGAACACAGAAAACUCUUAUUGGACACUUAAUAGUCAUGAAUGUCAAUAAAAAUCAAUUAUUUGCUUUAUUAUUCAAUAUUAUUGGGCGACAAUAACGCCUGUUGGCACCCCUUGCUGUCACUUGUCACUUGUCAAUGUGCGUCGUUUAGCGUUUCAAAACCGUGCAAAAAAUGCGAUAAAAUGGUCGUGGGCAACACGAAAGUGGUCCAGGUGACCAACAUCGCCCCCCAGGCGACCAAAGACCAAAUGCAGACCCUGUUCGGCUACUUGGGAAAAAUCGAAGACAUUCGUUUGUACCCCACGAUUCGAGACGUCUCCUGCCCGGUCCAGUCCCGCAUUUGCUACGUGAAAUUCGUGGAUUCUAGCACGGUAGGUGUCGCCCAACACAUGACCAACACCGUGUUCAUCGACCGCGCUUUGAUCGUCAUCCCUGUGAUCAACGGGGACAUCCCCGAUGAGUACUACGCCCUGGAGAUGACCCGAAACGGGACCAUUGUGCCCGGUUUUAAUGUCAACGAGCCCAAGUUGCCCCCACAUGUCUCGAACACGUUCCAAGGCACCGGCGAGGAGCGUGUCGUGGUGACGAAUGACCCCCAUUUGACUGACAACGGGUGCGCCCCCUAUCCCCCUUUACCGGCCAAAUACGACUCGAUUAAAGUCGAAGAGACGCGAAGAACGGUCCAGGUGGUCAACAUCGAGCCUUCCAUACCCACCGAUGAGAUAAUCCAGUUUUUUUCACAAGCCGGUGAAGUGAAAUAUUUGAGGGUUUGUGAAUCCCCCAACGACUCCACAACACACAUUUUAAUCGAAUUCACUGAACAGCCAAGUGUCGUAAAUGCAAUGAAAAUGAACGGUGACGACUUCAAAGGAAAACCAUUGGAAAUCAUCCACGCCACUCAACCAAUCAUAAAACCACAAGCAAAAAGCAAUGAAGCCGCUCAAAAAGAGAUCGAAGAAGCAAUGUCACGCUUUAAAGAGGCUCAAAACAUGAUUAAUGCCUCUAUUGAGCCGGUCAUUGGAAUGUUAACGAAAGAUAAACGAAGUUCACGCCGGUCACGUUCACGCUCACGUGGCCGUCGACGACGUUCACGCUCACGGUCACUCUCACGUGGCUCACGUUCGCGUCGACGACGCUCACGUACACGUUCACGUGACCGCCGUAAACGCUCCAAAUCACGUUCAAGGAAACGUUCAGUGUCACGCACACGACGAUCAAAAUCGCGUGAACGUAGACACAAAUCGAAGGAGAGGACACGUGAUAGGUCAAAGGACCGCAAGAGAGAUAGAAAAUCAAAGGAGCGCGAUAAGAAAGAGAAAGAUAAAAAAGAAGAAAGUGGGGAGAAGAAAGUUUCAAGGUCGCGUAGUCGUAGUCACAGGAGGUCGAGGUCACGUGAGAGAAGAAAGGAGAAGGAGAGGAGGAGGUCACGCUCGAAGGGAAGGAAAAGGACACCGUCUCCUAAAACGAAGAAGAGGAGUCGGUCAAAGAGUAGGGAUAGGAGGAGGGAGAAGAAGAAGAAGGAGAGGUCAAGGUCCAAGGAGAAGGUUCCCAGGAAUUAUGAUGAGGAGGAGAAAGGAUUUGAUUCGGAAAAGGAGAAAGAGAAGGAUAGGGAAGUGGAAGGGAAUGAAAAAGGAUCAGAAAAGUCCGAUAAUAUGGAUAUUUCAAACUCACCCUAGAUUUGUGUCGUAAUUAUAUUGAGUGUAAAAAUAUUACAUAAUUAAUUCUUCUUA